UGAGGGCGUCCAUGUGUAGCACAUAAGCAGACUGUCUAUGUAUAUUUCACUCGGGCACCUCGGCCUGGGGGGGAGUGUAGUCAGUGUCUGCUGAGCUGUCUCAGUAUCUAGGAAGGCUAUAUCAGAGAGAUGAGUCUUAGUGCUGCCGGGACCAACGCAAUGUCAUCUGCGACUUCUUCGUCAUCUGGAAGAGGUGCAGGGAAGACGACCAACUUUGUACUUGAGCUACAAACUAUGAUGUUCUCACUGGGUGAUGCUCGUCGUCCUUUAUAUGAUACCGCUGUCCUUGUUGAAGAUAUUGUCCACACCCAGCUGAUCAAUUUGCUCCAGCAGGCCGCUGACGUUUCCCAGAUGAGAGGAGCUCGAGUGAUCUCUGCUGAAGAUAUUCUUUUCCUGAUGCGCAGAGAUAAGAAAAAGCUUCGACGACUGCUGAAAUACAUUCUUUUCAGAGACUACAAAUCCAAAAUCCUGAAAGGCAUAGAAGAAGAAGAUCUCGAAGAAAAGCUUAGCACUACAAGCAACGCAUGCAAACGCCAGAAACUGGCGCAGGACUUUCUGAACUCCAUAGACCAGACCGGUGAGCUCUUGAGCUUGAUGGAUGAUGAUGAGAUUGAUGAUGUUAAACAAGAAAGAAUGGAGAGAGCAGAAAAACAAACCCGAAUGAUGGAUUCCGCCCAGUAUGCAGAAUUCAGUGAGAGUCGGCAGCUGAGUUUCUGUAAAAAAGCUUCCAAGUUUCGAGACUGGCUGGACUGCAGCAGCAUGGAGAUUAAACCCAAUGCCGUAGCUAUGGAGAUUUUAGCCUACUUGGCCUACGAGACUGUGGCUCAGUUAGUUGAUCUGGCACUUUUGGUAAAGCAAGAUAUGGCUCCAAAGACAUGUGACCCCUUCACACACGCAAUAUCCGCAACCCUUACCCAAAAUCGAAACCCUCCCGAGUCACUGGUUCAAGCACCAUCCUUAAAGAGUAAUCCUGACACACCAGAAAAUACACCACCAGCUACUCCAACUCCUCCAUCAUCUGGGGCACCUCACCUGGGCAAGAGUCAGGCUCUUGGAAACGGGCAGGAUUCAGCUAAGACCAAACAAAGGAAAAGGAAGAAGAGCGCGGCAACCGGUGGGGCCGAAUCGAACGCCGAUGCCAUCCAGCCUAACCACAUCAGAGAAGCUGUACGACGGUACGGCCACAGGAUUGGCCCACUCUCCCCGUUCACGAGUGCCUACCGCAGGACCGGGAUGCCUUUUUUGGCCUGUUAAUAACACGGAUGUUGUCGGAGUAAAGGAAAAGAGUGGGUUACAGUCAGCCUAUCUUUCUUCCUUCAAUAAAAAGGGAGGAGAAGGAAGUGAGUGUCUGUGCUGCAGUGAGUGGGAUGGUUUUGUUGUGACUAUAUGACUUGACUGUAUGUCUCAUUUUUUAGCCCCCUCGCUCGUUUAUCCUUGUUUACUAGCUGGAACUGUUUGCUAAUUAAUGGCAGGAUGUUUGGGAUCCUGUGUAGGUGGAGGGAAGAAAGCACAAAAUCUUGUCACUAGCAACGGGGUGACUGCCAUCAGCCUGCAGAUCCACAACACACCAUCAUCCCUUAUUUUCGGAUUCAGCAUUUUAUUUUUAGCCGGUAUGAUUUCCGAGGCUGGAAUGGGACGAACAGUCAUGGGUUACAUUUUCCACUGUAUUAACAGAAAUAAACCGUUUCCUCUCGUAUGCAUUCUGUUUAACUCUUUCAGAGUUAUUCACUAUACUCUGAAUUUUCACAAAAUAAAUCUAAAUAGAGCUAAAAAAUAGUUGAUGUGGAUAAAUUAUCCAACUUAGACACCGUUUUAACCUCCGUUUUGUCAUUCGGAUUUAGUUCUCAAAAUGUGUUUAGUGAAUAACCCUGUUGGAAGGACAGAGGUGAGAGAGAUGCAUUGCAAAGCCACCAGACUCUCACAGGCCCCCUGACAUUUGUAUGAUAGCAACACCCAGGCUGAUUAAUAGAGAUGGGGGGUUGUUAAAAUCCAAAUUGCUUUCCUGGCACCUCAAGGCACUUAAAUUUUAGGUUUCCAAAAUUAUGUAAAAUACAAAAGAGCAAACAAAAAUUAGCAAACCAUUUUAAUCUGUAAGGAAACAGAACUGCAAAUCCACUUGGUAAUAAAGAAAAAAAUGAUAUUAAUUCUAUUUGCCAAACCAGGAUUUUUGAAGAAUUGGCCAGAGAACUGCAAAUUGUUUGCCAAAGUAGCUGAAUCUGAAAGAUUCUCCACCAUUGCUGUUUUUACCUAAAAUUGGCAAUUUCCUCAUUGAUUCUUAUUUCAGUCAACACAACUCACUGCGCUAAAUGUGACCCCUUUUUUUUUUUUCAAUAUCACAGCGCGGCUUUGUUAGAGAGACCACAUCACUGUUUAGUUAUUAAAGCUUUUAUUGUGACAUGUAUAAUUACAUACAUAGGUUAUCUGAGCGGUGCUCACAUUGUACAAUAUUUUGCAUAUAGUAGUUAUGACAGCCAGUUGAUGUUCGCAUUUUUGUGUAUAUAGCCGUUUCCGCCUCCGUUUUUCACCUUGUUUUUGGGAGUCCAUCGAUUCCUGGUGUGCGCAUCUUUGCCAAGAUAUAAUGGGUAGUAUUAACUGAAACCAUAACAUUAACUUUCAUCAAAACUAUGCCGUUUCUCCCAAAAUAACCGCCUCCGAACUUGCGUUCAUCUCCUUGAAUACCCCAUCCCUGUGAGUGAGUUGCUGGAGCUUCUUUUCCCCUUUUCUCUUAUUUGGGGGUAGUUGAUGCGUAGUGUUGCUGGUGUGUUGUAGUGUUCAUGUUGUCUGUUUGCUGAUUGUAUGUGUAGUUGAAGCCAGUGCGAUUUUCCCCUCUAGCGUGUGUGUCUCCUUUUGUCUUUUGUUCUAAGCCCUCUGGCUUUGUCCCUGCCUCUCCCUCCUUCUGUAGUACUUUAAGCAAUGUCGCCUCUACAGCCUGUUUUAGAGCUAGUUUCCUGUUUCCGUUGGGGCACAUCACUGUUUAAACCAAGAAAGUAUUUAAAAUGCAUUCUUCAGGGCUGUAAUCAUUAACGGUUACAGCCCUCAUCUUACCCAAAACAGCCCAGAGGUAUGCAUUUCCCAUAAGAAGAUUUGCCUAAAGCAGCGAUGUGUGAAUCAUAGGUACAUGGCCUGCUAUAAUGUAAAAUAUAAACUUUGCUAAUGAUCCCUGGCAGUAACGUAUAUAUCAGCAUUUUUAUUUUCCUUGAGCUACUUACACACUUCUCAUUUUAGUAGUUGUUGGAUUACAAUGCCCCCACUACUUUACAGAGCGUUGCAAUCUUCCAAAUUUUCAAUCAAAAGCUGUCACAAAUGAUGUUAUGGCUACUUGUUUACUAUAAUUUCCAUAAUUAUCUCUGACUUAGCAAUUAUACAAAGUGUACUCUGACAAGUGGUACAGGGACAAGAAUAGAUAACAGUUUAAAAAA